GUAAGUCUGAAAAUAGAGGACCACCAGAAGGGACACAACUGUAGAGUGGUGAAGCUGCGUUUAAGCUGCUCCUAAGAUCCGAUUGAGAGGGACUGGCAAUACUCAGUGGAGUUGAAAAUGGCGUACCUGCUUAUGUUUGUGACCCUGCUGCAUCUCAUCACAUUGGCAAUGCAGUUCAUUGCUACCAUGGAGAAGUCCUGGUGGGAGUGGGAUGGCCUGGAGAACUCAGACCUGUGGUACAACUGUAGGUUUGACAACUUCACAGAAUCUUGGUUGUGUACAUCCUCCAAAGAAACUGACUGGCUUCAUGCAGUUCAGAUCCUGAUGGUUAUCUCAGUGGUCUUCUCCUCUGUCUCCUUCUUGGUGUUCCUUGGUCAACUCUUCACCAUGUCUAAGGGCGGGCUCUUCUACUUCACUGGGCUGUGUCAAGUCUUUGCAGGGUUGACUGCCUUUUCUGCAGCUCUCAUCUACACAUUAAACAACAGGGAAAUCCUUCAGGACUCCAGAGAGCUGACAUCAGGACACUUUGGCUACUGCUUCAUCCUGGCCUGGGUGUGUGUCCCCUUGUUGCUGCUUAGUGGGGUCAUAUACGUCCACUUGCGUAAGAAAGAAUGACCAGACAAAUAAACACAAUGUCUAACAGAACGUUUUUUUUUCUUUUGAAGUAACAAAACAAUUGGUUUGACUUCUUGUUAAUCAGAAAUGUAUUUUUUCAGGACUCACAAAUGCAUAUGGUAUGAUCUUUGCUCAGGCUUCAACUAAUGUGAUGUUUUUUAAUUAUAUAAAUGACUAGGCCUACAUGUAUAUUGUUUUUCCCUUGACGACAUUUUGAAUUAAUUCAUUUAACAUUAAGUCAAUAUAUAAUGCCCAUGACCAAGGAAGAUAAAUACCAAAUCAGUUUAAUGUAUUUUUGUUAGUUUUAGGCUUUAUACGGCAUUUGAAUUGCUUUUAUAUUUUUUCUAGACCAAACUGGAAAUCUAUUUUUGUACCUAAAGCUUAUGUAGAAUAUAUUUAGUAACAUCUUUCAAUAAAUAUCACUCUAAGAAACACUA